UUCCAGUAAAGGGUAACUAACCGGCCUCGGAGGAAAAGCGCACUGCAGCAGGAUGAGCAAGCCCGUGCCAGCCGGAACUGCCAGGGCUGCCCCACGGUGGCAACCUGCUCUCCACCACCUGUCCAGCCACCUGCCUGAGGAAGCCCUUCCAACGAGGAGGGCUCACCUCAACAAGAAAGCAUACGCAGUUUUCAAGAGGAACCAGAAAGGGAAAGCAAAGGGUACAACUUUAUUCCUAGGGAAAGACAACAAAAAGGCAUGUGUCUCUCUGCACUACAUCCCGAGCGGCUGGAGUUCUCCACGGAGAGAGUUCUGUGCCCAGCGGGGGUGAGGACCCCGCAGCGGGGUGGGCACUGGAGGGUGAGCCUAACACAGGUAAGUGCGGCAAGCAGCAGCCGGGGCUCAGCCGUACAGACCCCCAGGCCUCGGGGAGCACGCGCCUGCGGCCCCCGCAGCGGUCCCCGCAGCGGCCCCAGCAGUACGCCGGGCCUCAGUUUCCUCAGCGGAGGCACCCACCUGCACCCAGUCCCCGCAGACCCGGCCCCGCGGCCCGGUCCCCGCGGCCCGUUAAGCCGCGGCGCGUUCGGCCCCGUAGCAGCGACCACAGGACCUCAGGCCCGGCAGGGCCUGGGCGGCCGCUCGCACACGGUCACGGGCCUCGGCAGGGACCGCGGCGUGAGGGGCGCGCUCCCGGCCGACGCCGCGGGCUCACCUUCUGCCGGAUCUGACCCGACGUGGACACCUUACGGAUAAGCUUCUGCGGGGAGCCCGGCUCAGCCUCAGGUUCGCUGUCGGAUGACUCCUCAGGCGGCGGCGGCGGAG